AUGGGGGCACUCUCCUGGAACGCGUUGCGCUCGCGCGAGGGCCGGAACUCCAAGUUACCACUCUACGAGAAGCUCACCUCUCCAAGCAAGGAGCGCGACUCGAACGACUCUUACGACGACUCCGACUAUGACGAAUACUCUACCAUAUCCUCCCCGAGCACAACCAACUCCCGCAACACAUCAACCUCCUCUGCCGCCCUCGGCAGACCCAGCAUGUCGAAGCAGAAGAACUUCGCUAUGCCUCACAAACCAGGGCGACCCUUAUUCUAUCGCCUGCCCAACAAGAUCGUGAGAUAUCUCUGCUUCGGCCUGAUAUCCUUCAUGCUUCUGUUGAUAUUCACUCUGAUUCGAGCAAGCCACAACGAGAAUAGGGCCAUUGCCGAAGGGAAGAUAGAGAGACCACCCUCUGGUCCUCAAAUAUGGGAAUCUUACAGCUUUCUCACGAGGUAUUAUGGCGGCAUCCGGAAUUUGGUGCCUUUCUCUCAGAACAUCCCUGAGUACCCACGCGCAGAGGACGAGCUUCCUUUGGACAAGCUGGCAUUUGUCACAAACAGCCAGGAGUCCGAAGUACUGAAACGCGGCUUGCCUGCCAGCAAGGAGUUCAUUGGAUACCCUCAGAGUGUCUUCAAGGCCGCCCCAGAAGAGUUCAACGAAUGCUUCAUUGACAAGGAAAACAAAGUACGAGUACCUCCUAUUCGCUACUACGACGGUCGCCCGAAUGGCUUUCCCGAGGCUAUACUGGGCUCCUAUGGGCUUCUUGGGCUUCCUGAAGAUAUCUGCUUCGAACGCUACGGCAGAUACGGACCAUAUGGCUUCGGAUAUUCCGUGAGGGCAGGCGGCCUAGGUACUGGAGAGCAUGGCGAGAAGGAAGGAUCCGAGUCGACAUGGGGUAAGGUGCCUCAAGUUGAAUGGAAGAACCUCAAUUGGGCCGAGAUACAGAGACGAUGCUACCAGGCAAACGCUGCACGAUACAAGGCCCUACCCCCCAGGCAACCAACGCCACACGGAUUCUUCAUCGACGAUGCGACUGCCAGUAUGAACCUGAACGCGCGCGAUACGAUGCUUGACGAAACACUCGAGUCUUCGGCCGCGGAAGAGACCGUCACAGAGAAGAAUGAACCACUUCAGUCUUCUGCCGCGGUAGAGACCGUCAAAGAGAAGAAUGUAGGACCAGCCGCAGGGGCAAAGAUUACUGGGAAACCCAAGUCUAGAACUGCUGUCGUCAUACGCUGUUGGGACGAGUACACCUGGAGAGAGGAGGACGUCAUGAACCUUCGUUCUCUCAUCUCCGAAUUAGCACUUGCUACUGGUGGUCGCUAUGAUAUUCAUCUUCUCGUCCAAGUCAAGAACGAUGCGGCACACCCCAUUUGGGCGGAUGCUGAUACCUACCAACGACGGAUCGAAGAGUCAAUCCCAGCCGAAUUCCGGGGCCUAGUCACUCUGUGGACGGAGACGCAGAUGUUAGCGCUCUAUCAGGGCAUUUUCGACCUCUUUGCGCGUGGACCAGACCUACCUGUCCACGGCGUGUAUCGUGGACUGCAGAUGGCGAUGCAAUACUUCGCCUAUCAACAUCCCGAGUACGAUUAUUACUGGCAGUGGGAAAUGGAUAUCCGCUACACGAGCCACUACUACGACUUCUUCUCCAAGAUCGAGAACUGGACCAAGGAGCAACCUAGGAAAGGACUCUGGGAACGCAAUGCUCGAUUUUACCUACCCUCAGUACAUGGUGAAUGGGAUGAUUUCAAGCAGAUGGCACGAGUGCAGGCUGAGAUGGGUACCAAGGGAGCCGAUAAUGUCUGGGAGGGUGUCGCUGCCAACGGCAGGAAGCCUGUGUCUGGUCGCGGUGACAAGGUUAUUUGGGGUCCUGAACGACCCAAGGAUCCCAACGACUGGUUCGAGCCGGACAAUGACCCCAUGCCUGAGACGACUUACGAAAAGGACAAGUAUGUGUGGGGAGCCGGUGAACAGGCCGACUACAUCACGUUCAACCCAAUGUUUGAUCCUGAGGGCACUACCUGGGGCCUAUCUGAUGAUAUCACCGGCUACAACACGUCCGAUGGAAACGGUCAUCCCCCACGGCGGGCACAGAUCAUCACGGCCUCACGUAUGUCGCGCCGUCUCCUCAUGACCAUGCACAGCGAGACAGCUUUCAAGAAGCACCACGCUUUCCCCGAAAUGUGGCCUGCCACUGUCGCGCUGCAACACGGUUACAAAGCUGUAUUCGUACCACACCCGAUCUAUGUCGAUCGCGAAUGGCCGACUGAGGUCUUCGCGCAAACCCUCAACAAUGGCAAGAAUGGCGCCAGUGGUGGCUCUCGAACCUCAGUCUUUGGGCAGCGUGAGCAUAAUCUCGUCGGUCUGUCUUGGUUCUACAACUCUGGCUUUGCUCCAAACAUGUACCGAAGAUGGCUCGGACUCAAGGUAAACAACGACGGUGGCGAGGAGUUCGAGCUGGUCGAGGACGAGAGCAAAAACGGCACAAGCGUCAACCAAAUGCGUGGCGGCGAGGGCCGCAUGUGCCUACCCCCUAUGCUGCUCCACCCCGUAAAGGAUGUUGAAUUACCGGUGGAGCAAGCUCCGGAGGUGGUAGAGAUCCCCGAAUCUGAUCCAGGGGCCUAG